AUGGCAUCGGACAAUAAUUCGUUCGCGAGUGUCAUUCGCGUGAACGUCGCGCUGCUGAGGCUCUCCGGCGUGGUGUCCUACGAGAACGGGAGGAUCCGUCGGUCGAGCUCGCAGAACGUCCUCCUCAGCGCGAUCGCGUACGGCUGCCUGCUCGCGUACGCCGGCCUGUACACGUACGAAUUCGCGUCGCGUACCGUCUAUCUCGACACCUGGACGGAGUCGCUCGCGAUGGUGCUCUCCCUCGUGGGCGGACAGGCGCGAUUCACGAUUCUGCUCCUGUUUCGCGGUAGAUUCCAGCGACUACUGGCAAUCUGCGAGGAGCUCUGGACGGCGUUGAGCGCGAUCGAGAGGAAGCACGUGCGCGACUACGUGAAAACGACGAGACACUUGACUUACUACUACCUAUUCUUAUGCGCGUUCACGAUCUUCUUCUACGCCGUGGCGAGCCUCUUCAUGGGGCAGCAGCACGAUGACUCGUCGAACGCGACGACGACGAGAACCCUGCCGUACGCCUGUCCGGUGGAGGUCCAUCGGUCGCCCUAUUACGAAGUAAUGUACGUCGCGCAAUUGUGCAGCAUGAUAAGCGUCGGUCUCACCUGCGCCGCUGCGGACACGGUCGGGCCGGUGCUCGUCUUGAUCGUUUGCGGCCACUUCAAGGUCCUUAACAUGCGAAUUUUGUGCCUGAACGAUCGCGACCGGGUCUAUUCAGAUGGGACGCGUUCAACUCCCACGAAGCCGCUCGAGGUAAUGCACGAGGAGAACGACAUAUCGAAAGAUCGUGUGAAAUCUAAUUUCAAAACCUGCGUAUACUAUCAUCAGACGAUGCUCCAACUUUGCAAAGAAGUCGAGAGCCUGACCACCACCAUCUUUUUGACGCAAAUACUCGGCAGUACGUACAAUGUCUCUCUUGUGGGAUUUAAAUUAGCUGGGGAUGAUCCUGAUAAAUUUAAAUAUACAACACAACUAUUAAUUGCAAUGGUUCAGUUGUUUUUAAGUAACUGGGCGGCGAACGUUCUUAUCACCGAGAGCCAGGACGUAGCGAGAGCGAUAUACCUCACGCCGUGGUAUCGUUUCCCGUAUCAACUAAAAAGAUCUCUAAAUAUUAUCACAAUGAGAUCUCAGAGACCAGCGCAGCUGACCGCCGGUCACAUCAUACCGUUAUCCUUGCAAACAUUCGCAUCUAUGGUGUCAUCCGCGGCAUCCUUUUUCACCAUGAUACGCAGUAUGAAUUAACAACUUUAUCGAAGAUCACAGAAUGAAGUACGUACAUUUUUAUGCAUCGAAUAGAACCUGUGCGAUUGUUAGCGUUUACGAUCGUAAAUGUGCUUCGAAUGAGUAUAAAAAAAGUAAUAUAAAUGAGCAAAAAAAAGUUAAUG